UCACUUUGAAGCCCUAGACAUACUGACACCACUAACCUCUCCUACCCCACGACUGAGGGGGGGGGGGGGAAAUCAGAAGCGCUUUUUUUUUUGUUCAACGGUGUUGUUUUUGUUUUAAAGUUCAUUUCCUUAAUCCUUUCCCCCUUUUUCCGUUCCGUACAAUGUCGGUUUCUGGUGGUGUUUCGAUCGCGAGAAGCAGACGCGGUGAGAAUCGGUUUUACAAUCCGCCGCCGAUGAGGAAACAACAACAGCAACAGAUGGCGAUGAAGAUGCAGCAGCGGGAAGAAAAGCCGUCGAUUUCCAAGAGUUCGACGGAGAAGAGAACGGAUCGCGAGGAAUGCGCUCUGUCAUAUGCAUCUUCAUCGCCGUUGAAUAAUAGUAAUAAUAAUAAUAAUAAGGAUAAUAAAAGGAAUUAUGACAAUUCCUCGAAUUUGGAUCGGUUCUUGGAGUUUACGACUCCUGUGGUUCCGGUUCAAUAUUUUCCCAAGACAAGCAGCAUUAGAGGAUGGAGAGGGAAAGAGCAAGAGCUCAGACUGCAGUCUUCACCAUAUUUUGUGCUUGAGGAUUUGUGGGAGUCUUUUAAGGAAUGGAGUGCAUAUGGAGCUGGGGUUCCACUUUUGUUGAAUGGAAGUGACUCUGUAAUACAAUACUAUGUUCCUUACUUGUCUGGGAUUCAACUGUAUAUAGACCCAUUGAGACCCUCCACGAGACUGUGGAGGCCUGGUGAGGAGAGUGAUACCGAGUCAUCUAGGGACACAAGCAGUGACAGUAGCAACAGCGAUUGUGGAAUGGGAAGAAGAGCUAGCAAUGUUUUCCAGAUGGCUCGGAGUCAGCUGAAGGUUGCAGAUUCGAAUAUCGAGAAAUUGACAAGACUGUCAAUUAGGAAUAGAUCCUUUGGGGGUUCAUCAAGUGAUGAAAAUGAUAGUUGUACUCCUGGUCAGCAGCUUAUAUUUGAAUAUUUAGAACAUGAUCAACCAUUUAGUCGUGAGCCAUUGUCUGAUAAGAUUGCAGUUCUGGCAUCUCGAUUUCCGUCACUAAAGACGUACAAGAGAUGUGAUCUUUCACCUUCAAGUUGGAUUUCUGUGGCAUGGUAUCCUAUAUAUAGGAUACCAAUGGGACCAACUCUGCAAAAUCUGGAUGCCUGCUUUUUAACCUAUCACUCUCUGUCUACACCGCCACCAGGUACAGGCAUCACCCUGGAUGGGUUCCCCUUUAAUGUCUGGGAGUUUCAUGGUGGUAACAUGUCCUUAAAGAUACCGUUACCAACAUUUGGACUUUCUUUCUAUAAGUUCAAAGUUUCAUUUUGGAAUCCUGAUGAGGUUAAUGAAUCUCAAAAAGCUAAUUCCCUCUUACGAGCUGCUGAUAAUUGGCUUCGGCUUUUGCAAGUGAAUCAUCCAGAUUUCAGGUUUUUUGUUUACCACAAUACAUACAGGAGGUGAGCCAAGUACUAAAGCAUCAACAAAAUCUGCCACUUAACUCCAAGAAAAUCCCCGUAACCCAGCAGACAACACUUCCAAACCAUUGAUGGUAGCUCAUGCUCAUAACUUGAAAUUGCAUGCAAUAUCUGUAGUUCUUCCUCAUGGUUGCGACUAUGAUGCCCUAUCAUGCAUCGAUUAUGGUAAAAAAAAAAGUGAUAUGGACGUGAUAUUUCAUUUCAUCUGGCAAGCUUCUAGUGAUACUAAUGGCCUUGAAGUGGUAGAUGUCAAUGGCUACGCCUACAAUAAGUUUGUUUGAUUUUGACAAUGAUCGAAGAUAAUAUCUGUGAUAUUUGUAUAUAAUUCUUGUCAUUCUGAGUUCCACAAUGUGUAACGGA